AUGACUGGUGUCGGCGGCCGCCUCGGAUUCUCCUCUUCCGAUUCGUCGUCGUUGAUCGGAAUCGGAUUCUCAAAAUCCACCAUUCGAUUGGUGCAAAAGCUUGGCAAUGGCGUGUUUGGAACGAAUCGCCAUCGAUUCAUUCCAAUCACUGGAAUCCGUUUGAUCCAUUUCCUUGAUUCUCAGGAUCCGCUUCAAAUCGUCCUCCAAAUGUAGAUCAAUCAUGGCGAACUUCAAAGAAGACCUAGCCGCGAAAAUGAUGACGAGGAAAAUCGUGAAGAAUUUGUGAAAUCGCAAACCGUAGAAAAUGGAAGCGCAGCGCUUUCACAGCAUGUUUCCAAGGUUUCGAAAGAUCAGAUCCAUCGCAAACGACGGGACCAUAAAGAAAAAUCUGAAAAGAAGUUGAAGACGAAACACGGAAAGCCAGUCGACAAGCAGAAUCACGAAUCAAAUGUGCCAACAUUCGACGACAGCAUCUCGACAGUCAACGAGAGCCAGAAUCUCGGAGCACAGUGA